UAUGGCUGGCUGAGUAUCGAUAUCGUUGAUCGUGGUUAGUCCAGCUCUAGUAACGUAACCAAUGAAAUAAAUAAUAAUAACAAUACAUAACAAAAGAAUGCGUGUCGGUCAGUUGCUCCGGUUCCGAAGCACUGCUUUCCGGAGCUCCACGGCUCGACAAGAGUAUGUUCCACGCCAUAAGCCCGCCGUUGAGGAUGAUAUUAAACGACUGGAGGACUUCCUACUGUCCAAACCAAAUAUAUUGGUUCUGACGGGCGCUGGAAUCUCGACGGAAUCGGGCAUUCCCGACUACCGAUCCGAAGGCGUGGGACUCUACGCCCGGUCCAAUCACAAACCUGUACAGCACAUGGAGUUCGUCAAAUCAUCUGCGGUGCGCAAACGAUACUGGGCCAGGAACUUUGUAGGUUGGCCCAAGUUCUCCGCCACACAGCCCAAUGCCACCCAUCAUGCUCUGGCCAGAUUCGAGAGGGAACAACGGGUCCAGGCUAUUGUCACACAGAAUGUGGAUCGGCUGCACUCAAAGGCAGGCAGCCGGAAUGUGGUGGAGGUCCAUGGCAGUGGCUAUGUCGUCAAGUGCCUAUCCUGCGAAUACCGAAUCGACAGGCACGAGUUCCAAAGCAUACUGGCAUCUCUCAAUCCGGCCUUCAAGGAUGCUCCCGAUAUGAUAAGACCCGAUGGCGAUGUGGAGAUUCCUCUAGAGUAUAUAGAGAACUUCCGGAUACCCGAGUGCACGCAAUGCGGUGGCGACUUGAAGCCUGAGAUUGUCUUCUUCGGAGAUUCUGUGCCGAGGCACCGCCUGGAUACCAUUGCUGGUAUGGUCUACAAUAGCGAUGGCCUACUGGUUCUGGGAUCUAGUCUCCUUGUAUUCUCUGGCUAUCGUGUUGUUUUGCAGAUGAAGGACCUCAAGCUGCCGGUGGCAAUAGUCAAUAUAGGCGACACGCGCGCCGAUCAUCUGGCCGACAUCAAGAUCUCCGCCAAGUGCGGCGAUGUGAUACCCAAAUUGUUUGACUUCCGCUCGAAAAAGGACAGCUAAUCCUGGCUUUUGUUGUUAUAUAUAAAUUUGUUAUUAGAUUUUCCAAUAAAUUUCUGUAAUGGAAAAUCAAAGGUUA